AUGGAUCGCUGGACAACAGUAGAAGUGGCGCUGAUGGAGGCCAUUGGCAACCGCCGUGGAGAGGCUCUCUACUGCGCACACAUCCCUUCCUCCUCCGACAAGCUCCUCACAAAACACUCAUCGAAUGAAGAAGUUAAACGAUUUAUUGAACGAAAGUAUGUGGGCAAGGAAUUCGCGGUGAAUAACGUGGAAGAGUCACUGCGGAAGAUUCACAAGCAAGUUGGUUAUCAACAGACAAGGUCUAAGAUAUCUAGUUUGAUGGUAGAAGAUGAGCGGAAUAGCGCGGCUUCGGAUAAAGCAGCCGCGACAGCUAAAAAAGUAGAUCCCGAACAAGUCGUACGAGCGCUCUACGGUGACGCUACGACAUCAGAGCUUACCUCGAAAAUCAAAACAAUCCACGCAAAAAAAGAUCUCAAAAUUCAAACAAUUCAUGGGACCUUUGGUGUGGUGAAUGUGAGCUCGGAGGAAUAUCUUGACCGGCUCACCAUGGUGUUGCGAAACUUUGAAAUCGAUCGAGAGGUGGUGGAAUCCGACCUUGAUGUUGGAGAAAAUGAUCAGAAGACAAAAUUGCUUGAUUAAAAUAUAGGAAAGAGGGAGGAGAAUGGGGUGUUUUUCUUGAAUACUACGAAGAAGCGAAAAUCCCUGACCGCGCGGUCCACGCUCACAGAGAAUAAUUUAGCAUGUGUCUUUUCCUAAAAGGUGAAAA